AAUACCUUGGCGGCGCCUGCGCGCUGCGUACGUCAGUUUUGCCAACUCCCACUGCACGACAGAACGCAUUCUUAGUUUUUACGGACUUCAAGGUGGUUGCCAGUGCUUUUUUUUUUGAUGGACACAAAAAUUUAAAUUAUUUAAAAUACAUAGUGAUUUUGACUCUACGUGCAUUUAUGUGACGUUCGAAACAGUUUUUAACGUUUAUGAGAUUUAAAUAUUUUCUGAAGGUGUUAUAUGCUGCAGUUUUUGGAUGUUACACUCGAUUGAACGACAUGGACAGAUGAAUGCACUGGAGCUGGUGAGGUGAUAUGAGGUAAAACACGCGGGUCACAAUGCGGACUUCACGACAUACUACAGACUAGCCGACACGCUCUCACUGCACUCUACUGUUUAGAUUGAGAUGCGGCGGCAGGCACGGGUCUCAGUUGGAGACGCGCUUGUUGUGCGUUCUGCUUCUGCUCUGCAAGUAUGGCUAUGGUUGCUGAUCUUUGUAUUCCAGAAUGAAUUUAGAAUAUCAAGGUCCAUUCAACCAGGCUACUUGGACUUCGACAAUUUGCCAGAAACAAACUUCACUUGUGCUGGCAAAGUAAUCGGAGGAUAUUACGCUGACUUGGAAACAUCAUGCCAAAUGUUCCACGUGUGUACGGUCGGUCAGCAAGAUGAACCUAUGGACAUCAAGUUCCUAUGUCUUAACGGCACUGUUUUUGAUCAGGAGACAAGAGUGUGUGAAAGGGUAGACGAAGUUGAUUGCACGAAAUCUGAGAAAUUUUACAGCCUAAAUUUAGAAUUGUAUGGCAGCACGACACCCCCCAUUAUAGAGCCUGACAAAAUGACCACUAAACCUCAAAGUACUGAACAAUCACAACAAACUACGAAAACCAGUACAGAGAUCUUAUCAGAUCCUUCUGUAUUUGAUACACCCACGACAUCAAAUGUUAAGUUACAAAGUCUAUCUCCGGAUGCAUUCGAUUCAACAGAGGACCCAAUACAAGAAAUAAAGAAAGAUGAAUCUAAAAUUUCUCAAAGUCCGUCGCCACAGCCAAUACCCAUAGGACAAGUUGGAGGUUUUCAUGAUGAAUAUCAGUAUGAGGAUGAAUACGAAGAAGAUUAUUCGCAACCGUUAAAAACAUCAACUAUUCAAUCUUUAAUUACAACAACGUCAACUACAACCAAGAAACCAACCUCUACCAGCGCUUUGACGACAACUUCAACCACCCGUCCAUCUCCUUCUUCCCAGUUAACAUCCUCUUCACCCACAAUAUCUUCACUUGCCCCCAAUACACAUACCUCUUCUCCUCUACCCGCUCUCCCUUUAACUACUAUUGAUCCAUCCCUAUUAUCGCCUCAAGAAUUUAUUUAUAGACAUCGUGGACCCGGAUCUGAGGCCAUCUCUUUCCAACGACAAAGUUUUCGUCCUGCCGAUGGAGUUUUUAUCACGCAUGCACCACCACAACAAUUUGAUCACUUUCAGUAUGAAUCGUCAAGAACUGCGCCGCGACCAAUAUCUCGUCCAACUCCAUUUGUACAAAAACCACAACCAUUCCGUGCCACUACUCUUGACCCACGAGACCAAAUUAUGCGCCCGGGACCUUCGUCUCAGCCUUCUGAGAGGCAUGAAACUUCCGUGAAACAUCGUCCACAAACUUAUCCUUCAGCGUUACCUCCUCAACAUGCUCUACCAUUUAAUCCAUUUUAUUACGAUCGAAAACGAAGCGACGAAUUUACAUCUGAAAAAGAAACACCGCCCAUUGCUCGAUCUGUAGCACCACCCACCGUAACAGAACGACCCCCUACCAAACUGAAAAGUCCUCCACGAGUUAUAGUUACCGCCAGUGCUUCAGUUAGCGAUAGCAAUGGCAAAAAAUUGAACUAUACAGUCGGUAACGUAGUCAGUGCGGUAAAACCGAUAGUAGCAAUAAACUACGAUGACUAUAAAGAAUCAGAUCUUAUUUUCGACCCCUUCUUUCUUGAUGUACCAAAAUUAGAUAAAAGACGGAAAACAAGAUCCAACAAGCAUAGAAAAAUAUUUACAAUACCCGCAACUGCGACUGUGCCAACUAAUUUAAUUUCUAAAACUAGUUUAAAACCAACACUUUCUCCAGUUACUUCAAGAGCAACAACAACUACGAUUUCGUCUACUCCACCUACAACAACUACAACAGCUGCCUGGAAUCCUGAAGAUUAUGUGGAUGACAAUUAUGAACCUCAUGCAUAUUUACCUCCAAUCCCUCCGCUUGCCGUUCUAGUAACCCAAGACAGUGUUAAAUUUGCAAAACUUAAAAAACAAUCGAUUAAGGAUUUAAACAAGGAAGACGAAUCUAGAACAGAAAUGUCAUCAUCAAAUUUUGGCCCGAAGGAACAGUCCUGGCCCACGCCAUCUGCUAUGCAGAUAAUCUCUAGUCAAAGUGCGGGUAUGGAGGCGGUGGUAUCUAUGACUGGUGUAACUACACCAUCGCCCAUCAAGGCGCCCGCCUGCGCCUCAUCGCGCUCCACUGACUGUCGGAAUCGUGCCUAAUAAGUAGCUCACUUUAUUUGUAGAUAAGUAGAUCGAUAUUUAAAUAGGUAGUAAAUUUUAUAAUUUUUCAAAUACUAUUAACUAAGUACAGCAAGGUUCAUCUUUUACAAUGUUUAAAACUCGUCUUAAAACAAUUAGUAGAAGAUUCAAAUGAGCGCGAUAUUUACAUAUGUUGCGUAUUUAUAAAUUUCCUGAAAUAAACACUGUACAUAAACAAGAAAAUAACAAGUAUAUAAAUACAUCUCUAUUUUAUAUAAAACUUGUAAAUUUCAAAUCAUUAAAGUAAUGUAUCUGGUAAAACUUUAAGAAGACUUUUGUAAAUAUGUAUCCCAAAAUAUAAUACUUAAGCUGUUU